GGCCCCGCGCCGGAAGAUGCCCACCAACGGCAUCCACCAGGUGCUGAAGAUCCAGUUCGGCCUCAUCAACUGCGAGAACCGGUACCUGACGGCCGAGAGCUUCGGCUACAAGGUCAACGCCUCGGCCCCCAGCCUCAAGCGCAAGCAGAUCUGGACCCUGGAGCAGGACGAGGGCGACGGCUCCGUCGUCUUCCUCAAGAGCCACCUGGGCCGCUACCUGGGGGCUGACAAGGACGGGCAGGUGCGGUGCGAGGCGGAGAAGCCGGGUUGCGCCGAGCGCUUCGCCAUCAUCACGCAGUCGGACGGGCGCUGGGCGCUGCAGUCCGAGCUGCACAAGCGCUUCUUCGGGGGCGCGGAGGACCGGCUGUCCUGCUUCGCCCAGGUGGUGACCGAGGCCGAGCUGUGGACCGUGCACCUGGCCAUCCACCCCCAGGCCAACCUGCUGAGCGUCAGCCGGCGCCGCUACGCCCACCUGAGCCCGCAGGAGGACGAGAUCUCCACCGACAGCAACAUCCCGUGGGGCGUGGAUGCGCUCAUCACCCUCUGCUUCCAGAACAAGAAGUACUGCCUGCGCACCUGUGACAACCGCUACCUGCGCCACGACGGCACCCUGGUGCCCGAGCCCGACGCCCGCACCGGCUACACGCUCGAGUUCAAGGCCGGCAAGCUGGCCUUCAAGGACUGCGACGGCAAGUACCUGGCUCCCGCCGGGCCCACCGGCACCCUCAAGGCCGGGCGCAGCUCCAAGCCGGGCAAGGACGAGCUCUUCGACCUGGAGGAGAGUCACCCGCAGGUCGUCUUCCGGGCGGCCAACGGCAGAUACGUCUCCAUCCGGCAAGGCGUUAACGUCUCGGCCAACCAGGACGAGGAGACGAACCAGGAGACCUUCCAGAUGCAGAUCGACAAGGAGACCAAGAAGUGCAUCCUGCACUCCAGCGCCGGCAACUACUGGACCCUGGUGGCCCACGGUGGCGUCCAGGCCACCGCCACCGAAGUCGCUGCCAACACCAUGUUUGACAUCGAGUGGCGCGGGCGGCGGGUGGCCCUGAAGGCCAGCAACGGCAAGUACAUCUGCACCAAGAAGAACGGGCAGCUGGCCGCCGUCAGCGACGCCGCGGGGGACGACGAGGAGUUCACGCUGAAGCUGAUCAACCGGCCCAUCCUGGUGCUGCGCGGAGACCACGGCUUCGUGUGCUACCACCGCGGCUCCAACAUGCUGGACGCCAACCGCUCCGUCUACGACGUCUUCCAGAUCGUCUUCCACGACGGCGCCUACCAGAUCAAAGGCGCGGGCGGGAAGUUCUGGUACGUGGCGAGCAACGGGCUGGUGUGCAGCGACGGCGAGACGUCGGAGGACUUCUUCUUCGAGUUUCGGGAGCACGGGCGCGUGGCCAUCAAAGGCAAGAACGGGAAGUACCUGCGCGGGGACCCCGCCGGCACGCUCAAGGCCGACGCCGACACGGUGCCCCGCGCCACGCUCUGGGAGUACUGAGCUCCGCGCCCGGCCUGGCCCGGCCGGGGGGACGCCCUGCCCCGCGCGUGUGAUUGCAGUGACCCUGCCAGGCGCCGGCCUCGCUGCACCCGCAGGGAGGGGGACGCCCCUGCCCGUGUCCCCGACCCUAGAGCACAGAUGCUGCCCCUCGGCCCCCGCUCCGGGGCGGCCACUGCUUGCUAGAUGGCACCGUGGGGCGGGGGCAGGUGCAGAGCUAGCUAGUCCCUGGGUAGGCCCCAGGCACGGGGGUAUUGGGGGGCAUUGCAAUGCAGCCCGGGGGGGUGGGGGGCGAGAGUGGUAGAAGCCCCCCACAAGCCGCUGUGGCUGCCCGCGUGCCCCACGCUCCUCAUUAAAACCCAGCUGAGUGGCACCAA